UAAUGAUAUAAACAGUUCCUUUCCCUUUCGGCCUUCUUAGUCGACUAGCACCAUGCCUAUCUCCACAGGCCUUUUCUCUCGCCGGAACCCUUACCGCUUCCUCAAAACCCCUCGCAGACUCAUUGCAUCCCAAGCCCAAGCCCAAGCCCAAGCUCGGCCCAGCAUAAAGCCCCUGCACGUCCUCUUCACCGAAGCCAUUGGCCAUUCCAAGAAAACCACCACCUCUGACUCCGAACUGAAGAACAAUUUGAAGGAGCAAGACAUUAAGAACCUCAAAGAGAAAACACCAGGGAUUCCUAAAAGGAUGAGCUUGUUCGCUGCGUUUGGGAAUAAUCAACCUCCCACGAAACCAAAGGAACCGGUGAUUGUCAAAGAGCUUUCACCCGACAUGAAGCCAUUGGACAUUGCCCAUUCGAAGAAAACCACCACCUCCGACUCCGACGAAGAGCCAACCGAAUCAAAAUCCGCAACGGAACUGAAGAACAAUCUGAAGCAGUUGGAGCAAGACAUUAAGACCCUCAAAGAGAAAACACCAGGGAUUCCUAAAAGGAUGAGCUUGUUCGCUGCGUUUAUGAGUAAACAACCUCCCACGAAACCAAAGGAGAAUAAAAAACCUCCCACGAAACCAAAGGAGAAUAAAAAACCUCCCACGAAACCAAAGGAGAAUAAACAAGAUCCCACGAAUCCAAAGGAACCAGUGACUGUCAAAGAGUUUUCACCCGACAUGAAGAUGUUUGCGCAGCACUUGUUCGAGAAGGGGUAUUUUAAAGACGCCAAUUUCUCACAGUUGAAGGAAAAAUUUGAUCUUGAUUGGUUUACCAGUUCCUUCGCCGUAAGAUAUAUCAAGUUUGCCGCCCAGAGAUUCGCCAAAGAUAACCAGGAAAUUGCCAAGUGGUUAUCAGGAAGUGCCUUGAAGCAAGUGGCUACAUUUGGUUGCUCUCACACCAGUAGCAAGGCUGUCUUUCCUGCUAAAAGGCUGCGGAAGUUUUUUGAGGUCCCAGAAAACACUGUUUGCUGUAAAUGCACCCUCCAACAAACAUGCAAGUUUAGAAAUCAAAGUGUAUGGAAUGUUAACACAAAUAAUUUGGAAUUAGUGACAGUUAUGAAGGUUAUCACUUCAUAUGGUUUAGAGUCGGUUCACCCCCAACUGGUAGUGCCUGAUGUAGUAAAGAAGUCGGUCAGUCAAUUGCUGAAGGAGAUUGUGAAACUGAGUCCAACCACCUGAGAUUGCUUCUGAUUGACCACUUUUUUCUCUUCAUAGUCUUGUGAACAUAAUCUUCAGGCCUUGUAGACCAUUUAUUGAGAUUACUCUUCUUGCUACCCAAGCUAAAAGCUUCCAAAA